CAUUACUUCAUAGACUGGGGUUCUCAACGCGGUCUGCCCUGUCGUUUCGUACAUAAGGUACUCUGUAGUUGCUCUCCUGCCAUUCAAAUAUCUUCCGUUGCGUGUCAUCACGUACGUUACCGACCACCACGACAAUCAAACAGCAGGACCUUGACGUUCGGAACACCAUACCACAUACAUACCACAUAUAGUACACAGUCAGCGUUGUCGAUUUUUUUCGUACCUAACACAACCAAAGGGGAACCGAGAACCGCAAAAAUGAGUGCUAUUUCAGCCGUUAUCAUCGUCAUCAUCACUCUCUUUGUGCCGCCCAUCGGCGUUCUAGCGGUGGCCGGCUGUGGAAUGGAUUUCAUUGUCAACAUCCUUCUUACCAUCCUCGGAUUCCUGCCAGGCCUCAUCCACGCGCUAUACGUCGAAUAUGUUUACUAUGACCGGCGGGAGCAGAUCCGGCAGGGUGCGAUCAUCACAGGUCGUGCUCCUGGUAUCUAUAGCGAGAACGUUCAGAGCGGCGGUACACGACGGUAAAUGGCGGGGCAAAUAUGUUGAAAUGGCUGGGAAAAUCACGAUGGCCGGGGGCCCGGGCGUUGGACGGUUUCAGUCUCUUCGGAAAGGUCAGAACAUUGGCGAUGUCACUUUCGAAGUACUCAAGGGGAAAGCUCAUCCGGGAC